CUACAUUAUCAACGUGAUACUAUAUAGUUGGUCAGCAUAUUAGUUUGUGCCAUUAAAGAUGUCUGCCGCCAUGUCAUCAAUAAAAACAGCUUUUGUGAUAUUUAUUUUAAUUAAGACCGUAUUUAGCGGUAAAUACAAGCCGGUAGAAGUUGAAAUUAAAACAAAUGAAGGUGGUGAGCCAUUGAAAAUAUUCACAGCGGAGGAACUUGCUAAAUAUGACGGAACUGACGUAUAUUUAUUCUUCUAUCCACAAGAUUUAAGGUAUAACAUGUUUUAUAGUUUUGAGUUAAUUUUGGACAGGGCUGUUUGCUUAUUAGGCAAAUAUUUUUUUCAUUGUUACAACAAGAGAAUCAGAUUACAAUAUCUUAAGCGCGGCGAAAGAUGCUUAGUAGGAGCCCAUGCUCUGUGGUCACUAGACGAGAAACGAUUUGACUCAGGAUUUGAACAGACAGGCCUUGAUGAUGAACAGCUAGAGGGACUAGAUGGGAUUUAUACUGGCACAUACCUGGCGAAGUACCCAAUAGUUGGUUACAUGGACUUUCUUAUAGCUCAACAAUCAGAUGAUAUCAAGAAAAGAUUUACCAAUGAAUUGUAAUCUCUUAUUAUGCAAUAUGAAAUAUACGUGUUCAAUGAUAUUGUUUUACAUAAAGCAAGAUCAUCAUAAUGUCUACUCUGUCCAUCCAGUUAUUGUAAAUUUUAGAAAUGAAUUUAAUCUUCGAAACUUUAGGAAUAAAUAUUAAAAGCAGAAUCUCACAAAUGUUGAUAUAAUAAAAAAAAGUAGUUCCUUCUAGUUAAGUGUAUAUAUUUCCUAAGAAAAAGCAAACCGUUUUUUAACACUUUAUUUUUGGUUACAGAUAACAAUAUAGAAAGUACAACAUGUACAUCACAAAAUUUCAGCCUCUGAAACCUUGUUUCACUGAAGGUUUGACUUUUUUCUUUUCAACAAAACAAGAACUUGCCUGGACAUUGAUGGUUAUCGGUACGCAAAUUUCAUCUGUCACAAAAGUUAUCUUAUUUAUAUAACUGUAUAUACUAUGUAUUUUACUUGUUCUUCACAGCUGUCAGUUUGGUGGUUCUAAUCAAGUACUAGUUUGUGCCUAAAAUUAUGCAUGGAAGGGCACCUGAGAUCUUUUCCACCAGUAAAGCUGGAAAGUGGCCAUAUGAGCUAUACUGUGUUGGUGCGAAGU